UGUAAUAUAUAAGAUAUUAAUGUGUGGUUAGAAUUUCAUAAGAAUCUAUUCAUCAAGAUUUUUUGAACAAUACAUCCAAAACUCAUUAACAUUUUUAAGAAGAUUACACCAUCAUUCUUUCUUUUUUUCCACCAAACUUCACUUCAAAAUGGUUAUUUUUGCUUCUCUUCAAGGCCUUCAUGGUUCUCUUCUAAGAUCCCAAUUCCUAGGCCAAGAUCAUCAUCAUCUUCUUGUCAUAAAAACAUCCAAAAGAACUCAUAGAAACCUAACUUGUCAACCACAAAUAUGUGCCGAAUUCAACAUACUAAAAAUGAUGGGAGGAAGAGGAUUAUGCAAUGGAGAAAUAGGAGUUGAAAAAGAGCUGAAGAGGAAAAUUGAUAAAGAGGAAACACCAUCAUCAUCAUCAUCAUCAUCAUCAUCAUCAUCAUCAGUAUUAUCAUCAUCUAAUGAAAAAGUGCAAGAAAACUCAGAAAAGUUGGCUAGUGAUACUGUUGAAAUUCCAGAAGAUGGUUUUGAGAAGGAAAUGAUGGGGCUAACUGGAGGGUUUCCAGGUGGUGAAAAAGGUUUGAUCAAGUUCAUUGAGGAGAAUCCACCUAGAAAAAUUUCUCAAACUUUUAGUGUUGAAGAAAGAAAUCAAACUCUUGUUGAAGAACCCAACACACCAUAGUUCAAAUUAAUCUCUUUUCUUUUGUAGCAUCUAUGUAUCUAUGAGAAAUCAAAAUGAGAAUUAACUAGUAUUAUUAUUAUUAUUGUGACAAAUUGAAUUGAUCAUAGUGUUCUAUUUUAAUGAACUUGAAGAGAAUGAUGAAACAGCAUCACAUGAUGUGAUUUACUAGAAUACAAAAAUGUUUUGACAACUUCCAAGUUGUCUAUUCAUUCAGUUGUUCACCAUAGAAUUUUGAAACGUGUGUCCAAUGUUUCUUGUUGGAUUGUCCAAUACGAAUGUUAUCCAUUUAGAUAUGGAUUAAUAAAAAAAUCUGGGCAUGGGAAAUAUCUUCGUAACUUUAGAUUAUUGCAAAUAAAUAUAAAUUAUAUAUAAU